AUGGGGUUUCUGAAAGAGCUGUUCCAGAAAAAGCUGCAGGAUGCGGCGUCCAUGGAGGCCCUGGAGGUGGGGCAGCGAGUACGCAGCGAGUACUCCCUGCCGCAGCUGCGAGGCCAGCAGGGUCAAAAGGAGGAAGAUGAUGGCAGCUGUAGCGGUGAAAGCGCGCAGGGAAGCGGCACCGCAGCGCCGGAUGCGACGUGCACUCUCCGCACCGAGCAGUCUGCCAAGUCCUUCAGCUACGUGCCAGUGCGCAAGCGCCAGGUGGAGGCGGCCGAGCAGGCAGCGCAGGCGCAUCACGCGCCAUACCAGGUGCCGCCGCAGGCGCGUGUCAAGUACGACUCAAUCAGCCAGUUCAGCCAAAAGGUGGAGCUUUACCGCGGCAGCAUCUCCACAGUCCUGAAGGGCGUGUGCGUCGAGACUGGCGGCAAGGUGAUCAUAAAGGCCUACCACAAGUCGAAGAUGCACCCAAAGCACUUCCACAAGCUGCAGCGGGAGCUCUCGUGCAUGCGCGUCCUCAAGGGCCCCUAUGUCGCUGAGCUGUACUCAAGCUUUGAGGACGUGGCGUGUGUGUACAUGAUCAUGGAGUACUGUGAGGGGGGUGACCUGUUCAAGACGAUGCUCAUGCAUGGGGGCGCCCUGGAGGAGCAGUGGGUCUGCGUGGAGGUGAUCGCCCCCCUGCUGCGCAUCCUGGAGAAGAUGCACACCCUGAAGCUGCUGCACCGCGACAUCAAGCCGGAGAACAUCUUCCUCACUGGGCUCGGCAAGUUCAAGCUGGGAGACUUUGGCCUGGCCAUCAAGUACGAUGAGGAGGUGCCCUUCAGCCGCAGCGGGACGCUGGACUACAUGGCUCCAGAGGUGACGGGGGUCCUGAAGAACCCCUCGGUGCCGUUCCAGGAGGGCCGCUCUGUCGACCUGUCAAUGCUUGCCGCGCGCGGCGUGGCGCCCUACGGCCCCCCGGUGGACGUGUGGGCGGCCGGGGUGCUGGCCUACGAGCUCGUGGUGGGCCGGCCGCCGUUCGAGGUCGAGGAUGAGGCCCAAACCGCCGCCCUGAUCAUGUACAGCGACAACAUCAAGUUCCCCUCCAGCAAGACGCCUCAGUGGGCGGACUUUGUGCGUGCCGCGCUGGUCAAAGCCCCGGACAGCCGCCCCAACGCGUCGCAGCUGCUGCAGCACCCCUGGGUCCAGCUCAACAUGCAGCGCGUCAUGGCAGACACCCACCGCCCCUCCAAGGAGCUGCUGCUGCAGGCGCUGCCCCUGGGGCCCCCGGCCGCCGCGCCCUCCGCAGCGGCGCCCGGCCCCAGGUUUGGUCAGCGCACGUCGAGCUUCAACGUCGCCAGCUCUUCCGAAGCGGGGGAUGCGGAGGGCGCCUCCCAGUCGGCGGCCGGGCCGGCGGCGGCGGCAGCAGCGGCGGCGGCCCCCAAAAAGCUGCCUCCAAAGCUGAGCGUGUCGGCGCCCGGCGCGCCGCAGCUGCCGGGCAGCUUCCCAGCCACGCCCACCGCGCACAUGGCCCUGGCCGGCGGCCUCCACAAGGAGCGCGCCUCCCCGGCUGCCACCGGCGGCGUCGGCGCGCCCUCGUCCUCGUCCCCUGGGGCAGCGGCUUCGGUGUCAGCAGCGGCGGGACCCUCUUCAUUGCACGUGCCGUCCCACGUCGGCAGCGCCAUGCAGUAUGGCCUCCACAGCCCCCUGCCCGGCUCCUCCGGCGCCAACCGCUUUGCUUCGGACCGCGCCGCGAUGCUCGGCCCCUCCAUCUCCUGCGACGGUGGCAGCCCCGGCGCCGGCCCCAGCCCCAGCGCUGCGAAGCGCCUCAGCCACCUGUCAGGCGCGGGCCCCGCGCCGCACGUCGCCGCCGCAGGGCCGUCCGCGUCCGCGGCAGCGGCCGCGGCGCGGGCGCACGCGUCGUCCCCGGGGUCGCCCCUGCGGCCGUCCCUCAAGGUUGCGCUGCCGGCGGACAGCCCCGAGCCGGAGUUCUUCGCCGGCGGCAGCGGCGGCGGCGACGGCAUCUGCUACAGCCCCAGCACGCCCGCGGCCAAGAGCGGCAUGAAGGAGCGGAUGAAGUUCUACUUCCAGCGCCAGGCGGGGCUGUGA